AUGGCUUCACUCGUGAGGAGUAUCUCCCAUGCUCGUCGGAGUCCUUCCACCAGUUCUUUUUCCGUCGAGCCUUCAGAUCGAGACCCAGAUCGAGAGCAGCCUGCGCGAAAGCGCCGCCGUGUGAGCGAUGUCGAGACAGCAGGCAUUGGGGAAUCAGCAGAUCAUUCGGGCACUUCAACUGCUUCCUCCAACUCCACAUCUAAUCCGGUAGCUCACGACAGAGACCUUGAACCCAUCGAACAGAUUGAUUUGACAGAAGUGGAGGGCUCGGCUGCUCUUGCAAAAGCGUUGGCAAAGCAGCGAGAAGACGCUGUUAGGGCACAAGAAUCUUUGCAUCAAGGGACUGGCCGUUCUAUUCUGACAUCAUAUAAAUGCCCUGUGUGUAUGGAUACGCCAGUCGAUGCCACCAGCACUGGCAUCUCUUCUGUCACAAAUGCAUAA